AUGAAGCAGAUUGUCCAUGGCCUGGCUUGUGCAUCCUCUGGCUCUUGCCCUGUUUCCAUACAUAACCUUAGCACUCGAGAGUCCAUCCAACUUCCUCAUGCAAAACGAGAAUACAAUAAAUUCGCUACAUAUCACUUCGGGUUGAGUCCACUUACCAAUGAGUAUAAGGUUCUCCAGAUCUUCCAACGAUUUCGUCCCAAAACACCUAGAAAAUUGGAUAUUCAGUUCAACGUAUUCACGCUAGGCACGGAUUCUUCGUGGAGGCCAUUGCAGGUAGACCCUGGCCAUCUUCUUUUUGAUGCUCUAAGUUACGCCUUUGAGACAAACGUGAGAUGUAGUGCAAGUGUGUGCGUCAAUGGGGCCAUACACUGGAUGUACGAGAGGCAGAAAUUGAUAGUGGUAUUUGAGGUUAGAGAGGAGACAUUCAGGGUGGUGCCACUACCCCAAGAUUAUACUCAAGAGUUUGGUCAAGAUAAUCAUGAAUACAAACGCAUUACUGAUGAUUAUGGCCAGGCCGAUGCAAGUAUAAUUGAGGUGGGAGGAUGUGUGGGCGUGUAUGCUGACAAGUCGUGGAAACAGAACAAGGUAGUGCAAUAG